AAAACGGCCCCUUCCGUCCGGAAAGGCCAAAAUCCCAGGAGGCGCUUUGCCUCGAAGCACUGAUGGUGAUGAGGUAGUCGGUUAUCAGUCCGGGCAACAGUUCCCGCAAUUUCGAAUCCAUGGCGCCAGCAGCGACGUCCCCGUGCUCCCCGCGUCUCCUGCUCGCCUCGUCCGCGUAUCCGCCUCCUCCCCGUCUCCUCCACGCCGCGGUCCGCCCCUUGCUGCCCGGUAGCCGGCGCGGGGGCGUGCGCCUUCGGGUUCGGUGCGGAGCGGCGGACGAGGAGGCCGAGGCUCGGCGGGGGGAGCAGCUGAAGGCGUCCGUGGAGGAGAUGGCGCCAGGCCUCGACCUCGUCACGCUCGCCGCCUGCCUCGUCGGCCUUCUCACCGGCGUCUCCGUCGUCCUCUUCAACCUCUCGGUUCAUGAAAUACGUGACCUGCUUUGGGAUGGCAUACCGUUACGAGGCGCUUCGUGGUUGAGGGAGGAACCCACUGGUGAAAUUUGGCAGAGGGUGAUACUUGUUCCAGUCAGUGGAGGCAUCAUAGUUGGAGGGUUGAAUACGCUAAGAAGUUCUAUCAAAACGAACUCAGAUGGCACUGUAUCUAAUAUAAAGGGUGUAUUUAGGCCAUUCUUGAAAGCUGUGGCAGCAUCUUUCACGCUCGGAACUGGCAACUCUUUGGGGCCUGAGGGACCCAGUGUCGAGAUAGGUUCUGCUAUAGCGAAAGGAUUUGGAAAUGUGUUUGGGUGGGAAGGGGGAAAGAAGCUGUCUCUUGUGGCAGCUGGGUCAGCAGCUGGCAUUGCAUCGGGUUUCAAUGCUGCUGUUGCUGGGUGUUUCUUUGCGGUGGAGUCUGUUUUGUGGCCUUCAUCUGAGGCUUCUUCAUCCCUUUCCAAUUCAACACCUAUGGUGAUCCUCAGUGCAGUGAUAGCGUCUGUUGUUUCAGAGAUUGGUCUUGGUUCUGAUCCUGCUUUCACUGUUCCAGAAUAUGAUUUUCGCUCUCCGACUGAACUUCCUCUGUAUCUCUUGCUGGGCGUCUUUUGUGGCUUGGUUUCAAUCACACUAUCUAGGUGUACAGCACUAACUAUGGACACGGUUGAAAGUUUACAAAAGGCAACUGGAUUACCGAGGGCUGCAUCCCCUGCCUUGGGUGGCCUUAUUGUUGGUCUUCUAGCUCUUAUGUACCCCGAAGUUCUGUACUGGGGCUUUGAGAAUGUUGAUAUUUUACUGGAAUCACGGCCUUUUACGAGUGGUCUCUCAGCAUCUGUAUUGGUUCAGCUCAUUGGAGUAAAAAUAUUGGCGACAUCUUUGUGCAGGGCUUUUGGAUUGGUUGGGGGUUAUUAUGCACCAUCCCUUUUUAUUGGUGCAGCUACAGGCAUGGCAUAUGGGAAGUUUAUGAGGUUUACAUUUACUGGAUCUGAAGCACUGUUUCAUGUCCCUUUCCUAGACGUGGCAUCACCUCAAGCAUAUGGCCUGGUAGGUAUGGCAGCUACACUUGCCGGUGUAUGCAAGGUGCCUCUGACAUCUGUCCUUCUACUGUUCGAGCUUACACAGGACUAUCGUAUAGUUCUACCUUUGCUUGGUGCUGUUGGACUAUCAUCUUGGAUUGCUUCUCCUCAAAGGUUCUCCACGAGCAGUAAGGCCAAGCUGGAUUUUUCGGAGGAGAAAACAAGAACUCUCUUAGAGGGCAAAAUUGUGUCCUCUCAAACUCAACAAGCCACUUCUGCGGAUAGUUCUGAUUCUACCGCAGACUUAUGUAAACUUGAAAGCUCACUUUGUGUCUAUGAUGCCAGAGAUUCUGACAUGCUGGAAAAUCUUAAUGUUGCCGAGGCUAUGAAAACUAAAUGUAUUUCUGUCUCAGUGAAAACUUCAGUAGUCGAGGCACUAAAUCUUAUGCUUGCGGAGAAGCAACCCUUUGUUAUGAUCACUGAGAGCAAUAAAUCUCUAGUAGGCUUGCUAACACUAAAAGAUUUCCAAGAUUUCUGCAGAACUUCUAAAACCACCAGGAUGCAAACUGAGGUACAGGUACAGCUACAGGAUUGUCUGGUAUCUCAUGUUUGUGGAGACGUUAGGUGUAAAAUGUGGUCUGUGACACCUCAGAUGCCACUUACCACAGCUGAAAAGAUUAUGGAUUCUCAUGGAGUGGAUCAAGUUCCUGUAGUUUCAGAACAUUCUGAUCAUCAGGAUGGAGGACUCUUGAUUGGUUUUGUCGAUAGAGAGUGCAUCACCAUUGCUCGAAGAGCUUUGGCAGCAAAAGAAUUUUUCAGUUCCACAUCUGAGAUAAGAAAGGAAGAGAGAUGAUGCAGACUGACUUAGUCAUUUUCCUGACUAAGUCAAGAGCCAAGGAAUCUAUUUGACUAGCUUUGAUUGGUAACUUUGGUUUAUUUAUUGCAAUAGCUCUAUUGCCAAAGAAGAUCAAUCUCGUUCUGCCAAGUGAUAAGCUGUAUCAUUCUUUCCUUUUACAGAGCAAGGAGUUUUCAAGCAAGAGUUCUCCCAAAUACAGUAGUGGAUAACACCAAUAAGUAGCUGAUACCAAAACACAUUUCAAGGCAGAAGUCUCUUGAGAAUGCAAAACGCCUGCAUCAAGAAUGUGAUUUAGAAAGUGAAUGCCCUCAUUCUCUGUAUGUGCACGGGCAAGCGCAAGUGCAUGGCUGAGUUUUGGUUGCAGGAACGUGGUACAGGUUGUUUAUUCAUUAGGUCCCAGAAACUUGCCUCUAACUUGUGUAUACCAUUGUUCACUUUUUCUUGUGCAAAACAACAUGGAUUAUGUUCAUCUAUUAUUGGACCAGUGCACGGGCACUUGAAUAAGAAGCUGAACAGUUAGGCAAUAA